CUGGACCGCGCUGUCGCUGCAAACAUACCGACAAACUGGCAGAUACUGCACAAGUGAGCAGAAGUGAACGUGCUUAGCCUACUUGUGCCUUGACUCGUUCCAGCGAAGCCCUUCUCAGUUCAGUUGUUUGCUUGAUUCGCAGCGCGCAUCGCUGCGUGACCGGCGCUGUGCCGCUUCUAGCUAGUUAGCAUGAAGACUCUUAAAUGCGGCCACGGAGAGCUUCGCGCCCACAAGAGCGCGUGGAGGGGCGUGCAGUGGAGCUGGUCACAGGUGCUGCCAGCCACUCGGCCCAGGCAGCGCACGACUGUGGCCUCCACGCCGGAGACGCCCGGUCCUGCCAGCACCAGCACCAGCACCACCAGCAGCCCCGCUCCGGCCACCUCCACCUACGACCCCGCCGCCACCGCCUCCCUCCUGGACGCCGUACUGCCCACGCCACCAGCCGCCACAACAACCCGACCCACAUCGCCCGCCACCUCCAGCACCCCUCCAGUCCCCGACCCAGCCGACCUUCCGUCCCUAGUCACGGAGCUGGACAGGUUGCUGGCGGCCGCCGCCAGCGGGGAGGAGGGCGGCGGCGAGCCGGGCGCGGCGGCCAGCCGGCAGGCGGAGGCGGCGGCGGUGGCGCUGGCGGCGCGGGGCGCGGAGCUGGGCCUGCUGCGCGGCUACGGGUCGGCGCGGGCGGUGGCCUACCUGGUUGGGCUGUUGCCGCGAGCCUACACACUCAGCUCGCUGGACGCAUUCCUCAGGUACCGCGCCCUCAACAUCCAGGCGGGCACGCGGUUCUGCGACUCGGCCUUCGCGGCAGAGGUGGCGGGGGGCCGGCUCAAGGCCAGCAGCCUGGACCGCUACACGUGUGUGGCGCUGGCGGGUGUGGUGACGGAGUACCUGCAGUACGGCGUGGCGGAGGGCGGGCUGGGCGAUGUGCGACAGCUGGACGACAUGUUCCGGGCGCUGGGGUUCACCCAGAAAAAGGCGGACGCGGAGGUUCGGUGGGCGGUGCUCAACACCGCCGAGCUGCUGCGCCGCCACUCCCGGCUGCACGCCGAGCUGGCGGCGGCCAUGGGGCGCGGCGCCAGCGUGGGGCAGUGCAUCGCGCUGAUAGAGGGCCGGCUGGCGGGCUGCGCGGAUGUGUAGGGUUCAAGGGAAGGGUUGCGAGGUGUGAUGUGGUGAGGAGGGAGGUCAGGAGGGAGGGUGGUGGGGUGCUGAGGGUGGAGGAAGGGCGUGCAACCGUGCCGGCUCCGCGACCCUGACGUAAUUGGUCGCAUUGUAAUGUAUUCUGAAU